CAGGAGAGAGAGAAAUAGAGAGAAAGGUGUCGGACUCUCUCUCGCUCCACUCCAUCGUCUGAGCAGAGCUCCGGUAGACAGAGAGGAUUCAAACUCUCCCUCCAUCCCGGUGCCAUGGAUACAGCACCUUCUUAGUUUCUGUAACUUCUUUUCUUUUUCAAACGAGAGGAAAUUCACUGCAUCUCUUUUUCUUUUCUUUUCGGGGACAACAGCCGAACCGCUUUGGGGAAGAAGAGGCUGUUUCCUCUUCAUCCACCCAAUUCAACAUCCUCUGCUUUUUUUAUUUGCCAGUGCCAGUUAAGGAUUUGAAUCGUUUUUGGAGAUUCGUGCUUGCCCUUGCUCACCAGGACUGGAUCAUGGAGACGUCCUUGUUUGAAUGUUAUGGAGAUGUUUGGGAGGUGCUGGUCCUGAAGAGGAGGACAGGAGGAAUCAACCUGCUGCUCUUCUGUCUGCUGGCUGCUCACACCUCAGCGCAUGGGUAUGAGGGCUCCUCGUCAUCAUCUUCCUCAUUAAGUCCUGGACGUUUUGUGGACUUUACAUUCACCCAGGAGCCUCAGGACACUGUGACGGUGCGAGGUGGCGUGCUGCAGCUCGACUGCCGAGCCCACUCAGACAUGGCGACCGGAAGCCCCACCAUCACAUGGCGGAAGGAUGGCGUGCUACUCAGUGCCUUGGUGGAUGAUCGGCGGCAGGAGCUGUCCAAUGGAUCGCUGCUGGUUGAGAAUAUUGUACACUCACGGCACCACCGUCCUGAUGAAGGGGAGUACCAGUGCCUUGCCACACUGGAUGGCCUUGGAAGUAUUGUGAGCCGGAUCGCUAAAGUCACCGUGGCAGGUCCACUAAGGGUAGUCGUCCCCACAGAGUCCGUCUCAUCCUAUCUUGGUGAUACAGCGUUGCUCCGUUGUGAGGUCUUAGGAGAACCGACGCCCGUCAUACGCUGGCAGAAAAAUCGAGACGAUUUGCCGCUGACUUUUGAUCCCACCUCUCGCCUGGCGGUGCUGCCGUCUGGCUGCCUGCAGAUCAGCCGUGUCCAGCCCCCGGACUCAGCCACAUAUCGUUGCUUGGCUGACAACCCCGGUAGCACACGGACCGGGACAGACGUCGAGCUGCGGGUUCUCCCAGAGCCUGGUUUGAACCGAAACUUGCAGUUUCUCCAACGUCCUUUGAGGGUGACCGCUGUGCUGGGAACUGAUACUGUGCUGGAAUGUUCCACUUCUGGAUACCCUACUCCAAGCAUUCUAUGGCGAAAAGGAGAAGAAGUGAUCCAGACUCGGAAUAAGAAGCAUUCUUUGUUGGCGGGAAGCAAUCUCAUCAUCAGGAGUGUGACUGACGAUGACUCCGGCAGUUAUAGCUGUACAGCUACCAACAAGAACCACAACAUCACUGCAAGUGCAGAACUGAGUGUGCUCGUUCCGCCUCAGUUCCUCAACUAUCCAACCAACACAUAUGCCUACGAAUCCACCGACAUCGAGCUGGAGUGCGCAGUGACAGGAAACCCAGCACCGACCAUCCGCUGGUUAAAGAAUGGAGAGGAAGUUAUCCCUAGUGACUACUUCCAAAUAGUGGAUGGCAGUAACCUGCAGAUUUUGGGUUUGGUCAAGUCAGAUGAAGGAUUUUAUCAGUGUGUGGCAGAGAACAUCGCUGGCAGCUCACAGGCGAUGGCUCAACUGUUGCUUCGAGAACCAGUGUGA